AUGCACCACCAUCGUCGAAAGUCGGGCUCGAGGUCUGGCAACACUUCGCUGACGGACGUACGCAAGGCUGUUACCGCCUCGGAUCUCGCCUCCAAGAAGCAUACGUCUCGUCCUGCGGCCAUGACCAGAAAGACGACGCCCCAGACUAUCCCAAAGUUGGGUAAGAAUCCUCGCGACCGUGAGAAGGAGUGGGAAGAGGAUCGCUGGUGGGAUGAGGAGAGGGAGAGCUUCCCACAGUAUUGUAUGAUAUGUGAGAAACAAUUUGUCCCUUCGGACGACCAAUUCUUGUACUGCUCGGAGACAUGCCGCAUGCACGACCAGAACAGCGCAGGCUUGUCAUCAACGUUGAGCCACUAUGCCAGCUCUCACCGGACCACUCAAUACCCCUUCUUUUCCGGCCCACCUGAGCCCAGAGAUAUCAUACCACGCGCCUCGCCUUCGCGCCCUAACUCGACACACUUUUCCCCGACAACGACAUCAACGACGCAGUCUGCCAUUGCGGCCCUCAAGUCGCUGGCAAUCUCAACCCCAAGUCCCCCGUCCCCCGUUGGAACCUAUCAUUCAAGCAUAUGGCCCUUCGGCCGGAGCGCCACGAGUCCUAGCAACUCGUACUCGAGGCCAGCCACUGUCUUUCCGUCCACAUUUGAUGGGCCGUAUUAUGGCGCCACCACCACCGACAGCUACGGGACAAGUUCUGAUCGGCCACUUCCCUCCCGCAGACCAGCCCACUAUUCAAGACCCAAGAGCAUAGAGCUUGUCACACCCAUGCUGGGGCGGUAG